AUGGUCCACGAUGCAAUUGUGUUUGGGUCAAAUUCACGUGAAGUUCGAGAAAAACUGCUGCAGGAAGUGUCUAAUGGAAAUGAACAUAUGGACCAAGCCUACACUGAAGUUUUGAUCGGACACCAGAAGAUUCCUGUUCAUUUCAAGUUAGAUACAGGUUCAAAGGUCAACACCAUACCAGCUAGCACAUUUGAAGCUAAAAGUUUGAAGUACCCCCUGAAACAAACUAAUGUCAAGCUACAAGGUUAUGGGGGUAAAUACAUCAAGGUCAAAGGUCAAUGUAACAUGAAGGUCUACAACAGACAUUCAAUUAUACAUGCACCUCGACGUGUUGCAUUUGCCAUAAAGGACAAGGUGAAAGUAGAGCAAGAUCGAAUGGAGGAUCUCGGUGUCAUUGCCAAGGUCACGAAGAGCACAGCCUGGGUCAACUCACUAAUUGUAGAGAAACCCAAAACUGGUCAACUACGGAUAUGCCUCGAUCCCAAGGAUCUCAAUCAAGCCAUCAUUAGACCUCACUACAGAAUGCCGACUUUUGAAGAUCGCAGAAUGGAUGAGAUCUAUGAGAACCUCGAUGGAUUCAAUGUGAUCGUCGAUGACAUUCACGUGCAUGGACAGUCAACGGAGGAACAUGAUCGUCGUCUGAGGGUGAUGUUCAAGUGUUCCAGUGAGAAAGGCAUUCAUCUGAACCCAGAGAAAACAGUGAUUGGAGUACAUGAAGUGAGUUACUUUGGUCACAUCCUCUCUGCUGAUGGGAUCAAGCCCGACGCUAAGAAAGUGGAUGCCAUCCAGAAAAUGGAAGCACCUAAGGAUCAAUCAGACAAUGCGCAGAUUGCCUUCAAGAAGAUGAAGAAUGCUGUAACCAGUACAGAUUUCUUGGCCUACUAUGAUCCGAAGAAGGAGCUCACUCUUCAAGUGCAUGCAUCACAAAAUGGUUUGGGAGCUGCUGUUCUCCAGGAAGGAAGACCAGUUGCAUAUGCGUCCAAGUCACUCACCCAGACUGAGUGUAACUAUGCUCAGAUCGAAAAGGAGAUGUACGCCAUCUAG